AGGCUACCCGUGAGGAAAUGAGCGCCGCCAAACUACCACUGGCCUACCGAGACUCAUGCGCACAUCUUCUUAUCCCCUUGAACCGGUGUCGGUACGAGGAGUACUACCUACCAUGGAAGUGCGAGAACGAGAGACAUUCCUACGAAAAGUGCCAAUAUGACGAGUUCAAGGAGCGAGUAAAGAAGAUGGACGAGCUGAGGGCAGCCAAGAACGGACAGCGAAGCAACUAGGUUUCAUUAUGCGGAAAUGGCAGAUCGUCAUGUCAGUCACGAGCGGAGAACGCUGCAUGUGUAUAUCAAAGCAGCAACAACUACGAGCCAUCAAUU